AUGUCGAACUUUAUAGCUCCAGAAAUUAAAAAAUUUGUGGCUUGGGACUAUGUUGUUUUUGCUCUACUAUUUUUAGUAUGUGCUAGCAUUGGAGUCUUUUUUGCAAUUAAAGAGAGGAAAAAGAAAACUUCAAAGGAAUUUUUGGUGGGCGGUAAGCAGAUGUCAUAUGGACCAAUAGCUUUCUCUCUCACGUCCAGUUUCAUGUCAGCAGUAACAGUUCUGGGGACACCCUCUGAAGUUUACCGCUACGGGGCAUCCUUUGUUCUUUUCUUUCUUUCAUAUACCAUUGUCAUCAUUUUUACUGCUGAGCUUUUUCUACCUGUAUUUUACCGAUCUGGCAUUACAAGCACUUAUGAGUAUUUGGAGUUAAGAUUUAACAAGAUCGUCCGUCUUGCUGCAACACUGAUCUACAUCCUGCAGACGAUCCUUUACACAGGAAUAGUGGUUUAUGCUCCAUCACUGGCUCUCAACCAAGUCACUGGAUUUGAUCUCUGGGGCUCUGUUGUUGCGACAGGAAUUGUCUGCACUUUCUACUGCACUCUGGGAGGAUUAAAAGCUGUUGUCUGGACUGAUGCAUUUCAAAUGGUGGUUAUGGUGCUUGGCUUCGUAACGGUCUUGAUUCGAGGAACUAUUCUGAGCGGUGGAUCAACCAAGGUCUGGGAAGAUGCCUAUGAAGGAUCACGACUAAGCAUAUUUGACUUUGAUGUAGAUCCUUUAAGACGACAUACCUUUUGGACAAUUGUUGUUGGCGGAGCAUUUACUUGGCUGGGACUCUAUGGAGUUAAUCAGUCCACAAUACAGAGAUGCAUUUCCUGCAAAUCCGAGAAGCACGCUAAGGUAGCACUUUACCUGAAUUUAUUGGGACUUUGGAUAGUCCUGGUGUGUGCAGUAUUUUGUGGUUUAGUGAUGUACUCUCAUUACAAGAAUUGUGACCCUUGGACUGCUGGUUUCAUUUCAGCUCCUGAUCAGCUCAUGCCAUAUUUUGUUAUGGACAUUUUUUCUUCCAUGCCGGGAGUCCCAGGACUAUUUGUUGCCUGUGCAUUCAGCGGAACGCUGAGCACAGUGGCGGCAAGCAUCAACGCUUUAGCAACUGUUACCUUUGAAGACUUGGUCAAGCAGUGUUUCCCAAACCUCUCUGAGAAGAGGAGCACAUGGAUCAGCAAAGGUUUAUGUAUAUUAUAUGGCGCCCUGUGCACUUCAAUGGCUGCAGCAGCAUCACUGCUGGGAGGAAUCGUGCAGGCUGCACUCUCCAUUCAUGGGAUGUGCGGGGGUCCCAUGCUGGGAUUAUUUACCCUGGGAAUUGUCUUUCCUUGUGUUAACUGGAAGGGCGCUAUCGGUGGCCUCCUAACAGGGAUCACCUUGGCCUUCUGGGCUGGCAUCGGCUCUUUCAUUUAUCCCGCGCCGCCCACCAAGACCCUUCCCCUGGAGCUGUCGACUCUCAACUGCACGCUGGCAAACACUACGAGCCUGCUGACCACAGUGGCCCCCACAGCAGCUGCCGACAGGCCGCUGCUGGCAGACACUUGGUACUCCCUGUCCUACCUCUACUUCAGUGCCAUUGGCUGCCUGGGCUGCGCCAUCACAGGGCUGCUGAUCAGCUUUGUAACAGGCCCCACCAGAGGAGAAGACAUCCCCCCGGUGCUAAUUAAGCCGGUCUGCAACCUGUUUUGCUUUUGGUCUGAAAGGCUCAAAACGUUGCUGUGGUGUGGCGUGCAGCACGACAGCCAGGAUGUGGAUUUUGAAAAAAAUCUUCCUACAGUUACACCAAAUAAAACUGGAACAGAAGAUAUCACCUUCAAGAAUAGUGUCAAUGAAGAAAACAGAAACCAAUUACCUGGUUAUAAUCCUGAAGAAAAAUCCUAUACUAAUAUGAGCAGAGAAUCUCGUCUCUAGAAGCGGAGGAACAAGGGACAUUUAAUCAGACUUUAUUUCUCCAGCUUCAGAAAUGAAGAGCUCUUUAUAUUGCAUUUACCAGCUUAUAGAUGACCAAGAGAGAACAAUUGCUCUCUAUAGCAAUAAAGGCCAGAUUUUUAUGAAUUUCAUGACAGAACUGGGAAAUCAUAAAACAAUAGGGUUUUGGAAGCACUGCUAUUUCAGAAGAAAUGUUUCAUGAAUCUUUUCAUGGAAACUCCUACUAGGAAGUAGCUGCGAUACGUCUAUACCACAUUCUCUGUUCACUAACUAGUCAUUGAAGGGAAACGUGCAAAGGUGAACUUGUGAUAAAACAAGACUUCAGAUAAGCUUUUAGGGUCUCUCACUAAGGUGAGACUGUGAACUGCCCUCUGAUGGAGGGCAUGCUCUCUCCACGGCUGAUGGAGAGAGCCCAGGGGAAAGGAUGGAGGUUAAGCUGACCUAGAAUGUGCCUAUUCUUAUGUAUUACAAAAAGCCUCCUCACAGGAACGUUGUAUAGACCAGACUGGUCUUUUGUUGACUGAGUUAAUCGUGCUUGCUUCCUCUGUGGAACAAAUGUGUCUUUAUAAUGUCUUAUUCAAAGCUAUAGAAGAGGGUAACAAAUUUUACUUCAAAUCCAGGAUUGUUCUUUAUCCAUAUUAGUCUUGGAAAGACAUCCUUUCAGCUUGAAAAGAUUAUCUUCAGGCUUUUUGUUUGGUUGAAUGUUUGUAUAUCUGUUUUUUUUUUCGUUUGUUUUUUUUUUAAGCUGCAGAAUCCAUUUACUAACU